AUGCAGCCGCAGGCGAAUAGGGCGUAUCACGUGGGCGCACGAGCACUGCGCGUCUGCUGGAACUGGAUCGUUGCUGUCGCCGCUAUGCCUCCAGGCGUACUCGUGCGCUUGGGCAUUGGCAAACGCGAUCGUAUCAAGACGGAAAGGCAGCCGGAUCCCUUGUGGUUGCGGUAUGUGAAUGUGGUUAUAGUGGUGGUUUGCGUGUGCUGGGCUUGUGCUAUCUACAUCUGGCGCGUGUGCUAUCCCAUGUUGACCGAGCACGCCAACGCCAUGGGCUCGCGUAGCAUGGGAAUCGGCCUUCUUGUCGGAUUCCUUGUGUUGCUCUUCUUCUGGUAUGUCAAGGACCUCGUAUGGGAGCCACAGCCAAGGCAGGACACGACUAAUGAUGUUUCCACGGUGCCACCUGAGCCUGCUGAACCGAUACCUAUUAUCGCUCCUGAUAACCAAGAGCCUGUACCUGACCAAGAAUGCAGCAGUGUGCGAAAUUUGGCCAUGUUCUCGCCCACUAACGAGCGCGAGCAGCGCUGGCUCGCAUUUGAGCAGAGCAUGGCUGCUUCGCCAAGUAUCAAUACGUCGCAUGUCGAUACAGACUCCAAUGCGCGUGCUGCCAAUGGGAGUAAGACGUCGUACGACGAGCCCAUUCCCUUAAACGAGGUGCUCAUUCAAGGUCCAGAGAUGCUGGAGCCAACAAGCCAGACCGAGGCACCUUCACCAUCGAUACCCCCUCCUCGUACCUCUGCUGUGGAUACGCGCAUGCCGGAACCAACGCGGCGUCCACCGGAAAUGUCUGUAUAUGCCUCUUCUCUUCUGCAUUGCGAGCACUGUCAGCGAUCACGUCCCCCUCGAGCUCAUCACUGUCGCCGAUGUGGAACCUGUGUUCUCCGAAUGGACCACCACUGUCCAUGGAUCGGUGGGUGCGUUGGCGCCCAAAACUACCAAUACUACUACAACACAGUGUUUUGGGCCCUGAUACUGUCGAUCUAUGUGAUUGUCAGUAUGGCCCCACUCUUUGCUCGUGGCGUCAAGUCGCAAGAAGGUAUGCCAUGGUCAGAGCGCAUUCGUGGAUGGAAUGUCGAUGGCUAUAUCAUUAGUGUCUUUGUGAUUGCCUUUUUCUUUUUCCUCUUUACGGGCUCUCUAUUUAUCAUGCACACAUACUUGAGUGGCCACAAUCUCACGUCAAUCGAGCAACGCGCCAUCAAUUCGUUCCGAGCGCGCGAAGGUUUACUGCUUCGGCGGUACUAUUCAAAGCAUGGCCAAGGAGGCACGUUUGGCACUGGCCCCAUGGCUGGAUGGCGUCGCUUUCGGGCACGGCGACAUCUUCUGCGCACAUGGAAUGAGCGCUGGGGAUUUCCACACCGGGAAGGAAACCCCUGGUGGAUUGGAAGCAUACAGGAAUGGGAAUAUGCUACUUCGUCUCCUGAUGCCCUUUUGCGCGAAGCUGACCUUGAGAAAUCCCUUGGCUUCUCGUACGCAACUGUGCCCCAUACUGGACGCCGGGCCACCUUCUAUGUAGGAAUGCCUCUGUCUAAAAAUAGGCCAGAUGCAGAGCAUGCAUUAGGGUACAAAAAGGGUGUGGUUUAUGGGAAGGAUGCAAUCACUAUCAUGCGGUUCGCCAUCGUCAUUUCGUUCCUUGCCCUGAUCCUUGUCUCGUUCGUCUCGGCUGAGGACCCCAGUGUGGAGGGUGCUAAGAGCCUGGAGGAGACCCUGGGUGGCAAGAUUUUCGUUGCCGACGACAACACUCUUCAGGUUCAAAAACCGCACACCGUGGAGCGUGUUUCCUGUCAAAGUGCAAAAGGGUUUGGCUGCGCAGCAAGCUGCGCCCUCCAUGGACAAGGCCUCAACGGUGGUAUCUGCCGCAAUGGAGUCUGCCACUGCCAAUAA